UUAUCUCAUGGAAGCUAAUUAACACAAAUAGCUCCAUGCUUAUUCUCUUGUGGUUUUCGUGCGAGUGUGUGUGUAUUGAAUGACUUCCCCAUUAAAACCUGCAUGAAUUCAUUGGGAGAUCUGAACUGUGGUCAUCGAGCAACACAUCUUUCCGGCGAUUUGUUUAUUACGGAUACAGUGUACAUAAAAUGGGAUUCUGUUUUGUUUUCCAUUUGCGUUAACCCAUGUAACUAAAAGACGUUUAGCGGUCAAGCGAUUAUCAAGCUGUCCGUCCGGACAUCGCCGAGAGCAAACGACUACGAGAACGACGAUGACGUCGACCAAACCCAGCAGAAAGACCAGUCAGGUCCGCGUAUUUCUCUGGACAUUCCCUCGUACACGAUCAACAGCCUUGACUAAAUGUCUGAGUCAAAUCGAAGGCGUCGAGAUAUGGUUUGAACCGUAUUGCUUCUGUAGUAUGGCCGCGACCGAAUACCGACGGGUUCACGGACGAGAGUUGCCGACGAGUUACCGAGGGAAUGAAACGAUGUUUGCCGAAGCUGCCCGAAUUUUGUCGAAGAUGACGCUCAUGCCUCCGGGAGUCCUGGAUCCCGAAAGACUUGCGUAUGAGGGUGUCAAAGAACGACUUGAAUGCACCACGAGUAGAUAUGUCAUCGUGAAAGACAUGGCCUUGGCGAUGUCCGGUGAGAAAUAUCGUCGUUUUUUACCUGAUGGUUUCGCUCACGCGUUUUUGAUUCGGGAACCCAUUGCAACGAUAGCAUCAUACCGUCGAGCCACGUACAGCUCCUUUAAAUCUGCCGGGUACCUGGACGAAGAUGCCAAAAAUGAAAGUGAAUUCGACAUAGAAAGGGAUAACUUUGUCAUGAAUGCUGGAUUAUUUCACAAAGAACUCUGCGAUUUGUGGAAUUACGUGAUGCAAUCAUCGAAAACGCGUUGUGUAGGCCUACCUGAUGGAGAAAGUUCCGGACCGAAUAGUCAAUCGGUGAUCAUCGACUCAGACGAUCUUCUCACGAAACCGGACGAAAUAUUGCCGAAGUUUUGCGAAGCCCUUGGUUUGCCUUACGACCAGUCGUUUCUUCGGUGGGACCCAUCCGCGGACGUUGCAUUUUCGUGGAAAGCGGCUGGGGACGAACUUCUACGAGGUAAUGUCCAUUUCUACGAAACGGCAAUGACUAGCUCUUGUUUCAUGCCAGCGAAAGAGAGAGAGCAGGUUCAAAAUUUAACGAAAGAUGUACUACGUUUGGCUGAGCAAGCUAGACCAUUCUAUGACAAAAUGUGUAACAACAAAUUAUAGAAUCAAUUAAAAGUAU